GACAAAAGGUCACCUCGGGUCGCAGUGACACCGCCUUGGCAGGAGGAGAAAUGGUGCUUGACGAGGAGGCGAAAGAGGAUUUCGACGAGCAUGGUUUAGGUGGGGAGGAUCUUGACGCUCAGAUCGAAGCUGUGAAGAGCAAUAUUAUUGGCAGUAAGACGGCCACGAUGUACUUGCGUGGCAUGAGCCGCUAUAUAGCGUGGCUGUACACCAAUAAACGCGAUGUCUUGAGUGGAGAGCUGCUAAGUGCACUGCGGGAUGAUGCCUUCGAAGACGAUGGAACAGGCUACUUGUCACUAAAAGUUAACGGAGUACUUCGCUUUAUCCGUGAAAACGCAAAGGUCCCAUUAAUUCAGUUCAAACAACAUCGAGCUACUGAUUUUGAGGGGCUCUUGCUGUCUUUAAAGAGUCGAAAUGGAGGAAAACCUGGUAUAUCGGUGUACAACUCGUUCCGAUCAGCGCUGUUUCAUUUGUAUCGUGGGUACGGGCGCUCAAUGGAUGUGGACUUUGCAGCAGAUGUGACGUUGUUUUUUAAGGGUUUAAAGAGGGAGACAGCUAAACGGAACCAUGAUUCUGGUGAAAAACUGACUGAAGGAAAAGAUCCUCUACCUUUUUCUAUGCUUCGUUCGUUGAGUGUGUCAAUGAUGGAGCACGAAAGGCUGGUAACACAGCAUCCAUUCACGCUGGACAUUUGA